GAACUGAGGCCCAGAGAAGAGAAGCGACUUGCCCAAGGUCACACAGCAGACACUUGCUGUGAAGGGGUGACGGCUCUGGAAAUGGAUGGGGCCUCGUGACCUGAGGCCACUUUGGAGCAAAGGUCUCUGACAGGCCGGAUGAAAUGAGACCCCCAUGUAGCGAUCGUCAUGGAAACCUGUGACUCCUCUCCCAUCUCAAGGCAGGAGAAUGGACCGAGCGCGACCAAGCCCCGCGGCACGGCCCCGCAGGAGGGCGAGGGGGCGGAGAAGGCUGCCGGGCCGGAGGCGGACGGGGGCCGGGCCUCGCCCGCCGAGGCCCCGAGGACAGACGAGGGGCCGGGGCCCGGCCCGCCGGGGGGCAGGGGGGCCGCCCCCGCCGCGGCCCGCAUCCCCUGCCACGAGUGCGCCGCUUCUUUCUCCAGUUUACAGAAGUACAUGGAGCACCACUGCCCCAACGCCCGCCUGCCCGUCCUGAAGGAGGACCGGGAGAGCGAGUCCAGCGAGCCGGAGGACAGCGACGUGGAGAACCUCAGCGGGGAGAUCGUCUACCAGCCCGACGGUUCGGCCUACAUCAUCGAGGGCGCCAAGGACGGCGGGCCGGGGGCGGCGGCCGAGGCGGGGAGGCCUCCCGCGCCGGCCCCCGCCCCCGCCCCCGCCCCCGUGGCGUUCUACCCUCAGAUCAUCAACACCUUCCACAUCGCCUCGGCCCUGGGGAAGCCAUUCGCGGCCGACCCGGCCUUCCCAAAUACCUCAGCGCCGGCGGGCGCCGUUCCCGUGUUGCACAGUUUCCGGGUCUACGACCUCCGGCACCGGAGGGAACGGGACUAUCUCGCCGGCGACGGCUCCGCCAAAAACUCCUGCGUGUCCAAAGAUGCCCCGGGCGACGUGGACCUGUCCCGCUUCGACGGGCGCGUGAGCGACGGCAAGAGGAAGCCCGUCCUCAUGUGCUUCCUGUGCAAGCUGUCCUUCGGCUUCGCCCGCUCCUUCGUCAGCCACGCCGUGCUCGACCACCGCAUGGUCCUCAACGAGCAGGAGCAGAAGCUCCUCGCCCACAAGCACGUCUCCGCCAUCAUCCAGGGGAUCGGCAAAGACCAAGAACCUCUCGUCAGCUUUCUCGAACCAAAAAGGCCGGCCCCGGGCUACCCCUGCUUCCCCGCCCCCGGCCCGCCGGGCCCGGACCCCGCUUUCCGCGGCCUGUGGGCGGCCCUCCGCGUGGAGAACGGCGAGGCCCUGCAGGCGGGCCUGGCCUUCCUCCGGGGCGGGCCCGGGCCCUCGCCGCCCUCCCCCCGAGAGCCGCCGGCGGGCCUCCCCAACGGGGGGUGCCCCGUCAAGAGCGAGCCCGCGGACGAGGAGGACGGGGACGGCGACUCCAACGGGCCGGACCCGGGCCCGGCCGACGAGGGCCCCGGCGCCGCUCACCAGCACGGCCCCCCUCCCGGCGGCGCCGCCCCGGCGCCCCCGGACGGGUCCCCGGGCAGCGGCGUGGAGUGCCCCAAGUGCGACACCGUGCUGGGCUCCUCCCGCUCCCUGGGAGGCCACAUGACAAUGAUGCACUCCCGAAACUCAUGCAAGACGCUCAAGUGCCCCAAGUGCAACUGGCAUUACAAAUACCAGCAGACGCUGGAGGCCCACAUGAAGGAGAAGCACCCGGAGCCCGGCGGCUCCUGCGCCUACUGCAAGAGCGGCCAGCCCCACCCCCGGCUGGCCCGCGGCGAGAGCUACACGUGCGGCUACAAGCCCUUCCGCUGCGGCGUCUGCAACUACUCCACCACGACCAAAGGCAACCUCAGCAUCCACAUGCAGUCCGACAAGCACCUCAACAACGUCCAGAACCUGCAGGGCGGCGGGGGCGGCGGGGGCGAGCCGACCUUCACCCCCGCGACCCCCGCCGCCGCCCCCGCCGCCCCCGCCCUCCCGGCCCGCGGGGCGCCCUCCCCGGCCAGGCCCAAGCAGAAGGCCACGUGGCGCUGCGAGGUCUGCGACUACGAGACCAACGUGGCCCGGAACCUGCGCAUCCACAUGACGAGCGAGAAGCACAUGCACAACGUGCUGCUCCUGCAGCAGAACGUGAAGCAGCUGCAGCACAACCUGCACCUGGGCCUGGCGCCGGCCGAGGCCGAGCUCUACCAGUACUACCUGGCCCAGAACCUGGGGCUGACCGGCCUCAAGCUGGACGGGACGGCCGACCCCCCGCUCCUCGUCAGCCCCUUCCAGCUGGACGCCGCCGCCCUGGCCCCGGGACUCGUCGCCGGCGACCUGCCGUCCGAGCUCCGUCUGGCCGGCGCCCAGCUGGUGGGGGAAGACCUGGCCCUGCUGCCCGGGGCGGCCGGCGACCCGGCCCUGAAGAUCUUCCAGUGCGCCGUCUGCGACCGCUUCAGCUCGGACAGCCUGGAGGCCCUGAGCGUGCACGUGGGCAGCGAGCGGGCGCUGCCCGAGGAGGAGUGGCGCGCCGUCGUCGGGGACCUCUACCAGUGUCGUCUCUGCAACUACAACACCCAGCUCAAGGCCAACUUCCAGCUGCACUGCAAGACGGACAAGCACGUGCAGAAGUACCAGCUGGUGGCCCACAUCAAGGAGGGCGGCCGGAGCAACGAGUGGCGCCUCAAGUGUCUCGCCGUCGGCAACCCCGUCCACCUCAAGUGCAACGCCUGCGACCACUAUGCCAACAGCGUGGAUAAGCUGCACCUGCACACGGCCAACCACCGGCACGAGGCCGCCCUCAGGCUCUACAAGCACUUGCAGAAGCACGAGGGGACGGUCAGUCCCGAUUCCUGCUACUACUACUGUGCCCUCUGCGAUUACUCCACCAAGGGGAAACUGAGUCUGGUCCAGCACGUGCAUUCCGUCAGGCACCACCAGACGGAAGGCCUGCGCAGGCUGCAGCUCCACCAGCAGGGCCUGCCCCCCGAGGACGAGGAGAACCUCAGCGAGAUCUUCUUCGUCAGAGACUGCCCGCCCGAGACGCUGGAAGAGCCGGGGGAGGAGCUGGACGCGACCGUGAAGGCGGACGAGGACGGGGCCCUGGGUGACCGAGACGACCGUCAAGCCAAGAAGGCCGGCAGAGAUGCAGGGCAAGGCACCCCGGAGAAGACGCCCAAGGUCACCGUCGGGGUAGGGACGAAAACGCUCCUGCCGCCCGAAGAGGAGGAGGACGGUCCGGCUAAACGGCCCGGCUCCGCCGAGGACAGGAAGUUCUGCCCCGAGCAGUUUUAUCAGUGCCCUUACUGUAACUACAACAGCAGGGACCCCAGCCGCAUCCAGGUGCACGUCCUGUCCCAGCAUUCCAUGCAGCCGGUCAUCUGCUGUCCCCUCUGCCAGGACGUCCUCAGCAGCAAAAUGCACCUGCAGCUCCACCUCACCCACUUACACAGCGUGGCCCCCGACUGCGUGGAGAAGCUGCUCCUUAGCGUUCCCGUCCCGGACGCUCUGGUGCCUCCCAGCCUGCUGCUUCCCGCAUCCGCGGCCGACAAGCCCGAGCACGAAUCGCUGGCCUCGCUGGCCGCCGAGGGAGUCGGGAGACGGCCAGGUGACGACGGUCCGACGGGUGACCCGGGCGUCCCCGGCCUCGAGGCCUCCAAGACGGGGCUGGAGAUCAAGAGCGAGGAGGAACCGCCGCCGCCCCCCCGACGGCCGGAGGAGUCCGACGCGCCCGAGUGGAGCCGGACCGGCGAGGGCGGCCCGGACGCGGGGCUCCCCGGGCCCGACCCCCCGGCCGAGCAGGAGCAGCGGCGGCGGCCUCCGCCCGGGGCCGACCGCCCGGGGUCCGGCUCGCGCUGCGGGCCCCGCGGCCUGGCGUUCAAGACGCCGCAGCCGCCCGGGCAGCAGCGGCAGCAGGCCCUGCGGGCCGCGGCCACCUGCGGCCUCUGCCCGCGCAGCUUCCGCUCGCCGCCGGCCCUGCGCCGUCACCUGGAGGCCGCCCACCCGGAGCUGGGCGAGCCCGAGCUGCGGCAGCUGUGCGCCGCCCUGCCCGGCGACCUGGGCUGGCCCGACGCGGCCCCCGACGAGCCGGCCCGGGACCCCGAGGCGGCGGAGGAGGCGGCGGAGGGGGGCGGCGCGGAGGGCGGCCCCCCGGCCGAGGAGCCCGGCGCGGAGCCCAAGCGGACCCUGCCCUUCCGCAAGGGGCCCAACGUCACCGUGGAGAAGUUCCUCGACCCGUCGCGGCCCUACAAGUGCACGGUGUGCAAGGAGUCCUUCACGCAGAAGAACAUCCUGCUGGUGCACUACAACUCGGUCUCGCACCUGCACAAGCUCAAGAGGGUCCUCCGCGAGGCGUCGGGCAGCCCCGGGCCGGCCGACGGGCCGGCCGGCGCCGCCGACCACAAGCCCUACAAGUGCGGCGUCUGCGGCGUGGCCUACAGCCAGGCCUCCACCCUGGAGAUCCACCUGCGCUCCGUCCUGCACCAGACCAAGGCCCGGGCCGCCCGGCUGGACGGGAGCCCCGGCCUGCCGGCCGACGGCCCGGCCAAGGACCCGCCCCCCUCCGAUGCCAAAGAGUUCCACGAGAGGCAGGCGGCCGACCUCCCCGCGGGCCCCCCGCCCCCGUCCCCGGCGCAGCUGCAGGCGCAGCUGCAGCACGAGCUCCAGCAGCAGCAGCAGUUUCUCCACCCCGCCUUCCUGCCGCACUUCCCCGUGACCCCCGAGGCGCUGCUGCAGUUCCAGCAGCCCCAGUUCCUGUUCCCCUUCUACCUCCCCGGCGCCGACUUCGGCCUGGGCCCGGACCCGGGGCCGCCGGGGCCGGAGCCGGGCGGCGCCGGGGCGGACCGGCCGUCGGGCCGGGACCCGGCGGGGCGCCGGGAGGCGGACGGGGGGCCCGAGCCGCCCAAGCGCGAGCCGGCGGCCGAGGGCGAGGGGCCCCGGGACCCCCGCGAGGGGAAGAGGCCCCGGGCGGGCGAGGCCGGCCCGCCGCCCCCGCGGAUCGCCUCGGGCGCCCGGGGCAACGCGGCCAAGGCCCUGCUGGAGAACUUCGGCUUCGAGCUGGUCAUCCAGUACAACGAGAACCGCCAGAGGGCCCAGAAGAAGGGCCGGCCGGCGGCGGCGGGCGGCGGCGGCCCCGGGCCCGAGGGCGGGGGUCCGUCCAAGCUGGAGUGCGGCGCCUGCGCCAAGCUCUUCUCCAACGUGCUCAUCCUCAAGAGCCACCAGGAGCACGUGCACGGGCAGCUCCUCCCCCACGGGGCGCUGGAGGAGUUCGCCCGCCGCUACCGGGAGGCCUACGACAAGCAGUACCCCAUCUCGCCCCCGUCGCCCGAGCCCCCGGCGGCCCCGCAGCCGGCCGCCCUGCCCGUGGCCCUGGACCUCCCGCUCUUCCCGCCCCUGGUGAUGCCGUCGGUCCAGCACCCGGCCCUGGGCCCGCAGCUGGCCCUGCAGCUGACCCCCGUGGACGCCCUGGCGGCCGACCUCGGCCAGCUGUGCCAGCAGCAGCUGGGCCUGGACCCCGCCUACCUGCGUCACGCCCAGUUCAAGCGGCCGCGGACCCGCAUCACCGACGACCAGCUGAAGGUGCUGCGGGCCUACUUCGACAUCAACAACUCCCCCGGCGAGGAGCAGGUGCAGGAGAUGGCCGACAAGUCCGGCCUCUCCCAGAAGGUCAUCAAGCACUGGUUCCGCAACACGCUCUUCAAGGAGCGGCAGAGGAACAAGGACUCGCCCUACAACUUCAGCAACCCCCCCGUGGCGGCCCUGGACGACCCGCACCCCGACCCCCCGCCGGCCCCGCCGGACCCCUACAGGGCCGACCCGGCGGCGGCGGCGGCGGCGGCGGCGGCCUUCGGCAAGCGGUCGUCCCGCACCAGGUUCACCGACUACCAGCUGCGGGUCCUGCAGGACUUCUUCGACACCAACGCCUACCCCAAGGACGACGAGAUCGAACAGCUGUCCACGGUCCUCAACCUGCCCACGCGGGUCAUCGUGGUCUGGUUCCAGAACGCCCGGCAGAAGGCCCGCAAGACCUACGAGAACCAGGCCGAGGCCAAGGACAGCGAGAAGCGGGAGCUGACCAACGAGCGCUACGUCCGCACGGGCAACCUGCAGUACCAGUGCAAGAAGUGCGGCGGGGUCUUCCCGCGCAUCUUCGACCUCAUCACCCACCAGAAGAAGCACUGCUACAAGGACGAGGACGAGGAGGCCCCGGACGAGAGCCAGCCGGACGAGCCCCCGGAGGCCGGCCCGCCGGCCCGCUCGCCCGGGCCGGAGCCCGCCCGGACGCCGCCCCCGAAGCCCCCGCCGCUCUCCCUGGCGCCGCCCCCGCCGCUCCCGACCGAUCUACCUCCGCCGCUGCUCCAGUACCAGUGCGACCAGUGUCGCGUGGCCCUGCCCAGCCUGCGGCUCUGGCAGGAGCACCGGCACGUGCACUUCCUGGCGGCCCAGAACCAGUUCCUGCACUCGCCCUUCCUCGAGCGGCCCGUCGACCUGCCCUACGUCAUCUUCGACCCGGGCAACCCGCUGCUGGCCUCCCCGCUGGCCCCGCCGCCCCCGCGGCCGGGCACCCCGCCCGCCGGCCCCCCGAAGCGGAGGCCGGAGGAGCGGGACGACCCGGCGGGGGCCGGGCCGGGCGGCGGGGAGGACCAGCACCGGGACAAGCGGCUGCGGACCACCAUCACCCCCGAGCAGCUGGAGGUCCUGUACGAGAAGUACCUGCUGGACUCCAACCCCACCAGGAAGAUGCUGGACCACAUCGCCCGCGAGGUGGGCCUCAAGAAGCGCGUGGUGCAGGUCUGGUUCCAGAACACGCGGGCCCGCGAGCGCAAGGGCCAGUUCCGCGCCCUGGGCCCCGCCCAGGCCCACCGGCGCUGCCCCUUCUGCCGCGCCCUCUUCAAGGCCAAGUCGGCGCUCGAGAGCCACGUGCGCUCGCGACACUGGAGCGAGGGCCGGCGGGCGGGCUCCGGCCUCCCGCCCAGCCCGCUCCCGGCCCCGGAGGACGGGACCGACCCCGACGGCGUCCCCCGCAGGUUCGUCUUCUUCGACUGCCCGGCGCUGGCGCUGGCCAAGGUGGACCUGGCCGGCCCGGGCGGGCCCGCGCCCGCCCGCUCCCCCGAGUCGUCCAGCGCCGCCGACCCCGGCUCGCCGGCCCCGCCGGGCUCCGGGCCCCCGUUCCGGGCCCGGGGCGGCGAGAGGCCGGGCCACAAGCGCUUCCGCACGCAGAUGAGCAACCUGCAGCUGAAGGUGCUCAAGGCCUGCUUCGGCGACUACCGCACGCCCACCAUGCAGGAGUGCGAGCUGCUCGGGGCCGAGAUCGGCCUGCCCAAGCGCGUGGUGCAGGUCUGGUUCCAGAACGCCCGCGCCAAGGAGAAGAAGUUCAAGGUCAACGCGGGCAAGGCCCCCCCGGCCGGCCCGGACGGCGGGGCCCGCCCCGACUGCGGCCUCUGCGGGGUCAAGUACUCGGCCCGCCUCUCGGUGCGCGACCACGUCUUCUCCCGCCAGCACGUCGCCAAGGUGCGCGAGACGGUGGGCAGCCAGCUGGACCGCGAGCGGGACUACCUGGCCCCGACCACGGUCCGCCAGCUCAUGGCCCAGCAGGAGCUGGACCGCAUCAAGAAGGCGGCCGACGCCCUGCCCUACCCGGCCCUGCCCGCCCUCCCCGCCGGCCUCCUCCCCGGGAUGAACGGCCCGUCGCCUCUGCCCGGCUUCCCCCAGGGAUCCAACGCUCUGCCGUCUCCCGGUCCGGGCCUCCUGGGGUUCCCCGGCUCCGCGGCCUCGUCUCCGGCCCCGGCCCCGGGCGGCGGCCCCGCCAAGCCCGGCCCGCAGACCCCGCCGCCCGCGCCGGGCCCCGGCCCGCCCGACAGGGAGCCGGACAAGAAGCCGCCCGGACCCGGCAAGGUCCGCAGGAUCAAGGAGGAGGAGCCGGACGCCCCCCACCCGGAGAAGCCUCCCAGGAGAGAGGAGAAGGUGGCGCCGGGCCCGGGCGGACCAGGCCCGGGCGGGGAGAACAGCCGGCUCCCGGCCCCGCAGGGCCCCGACGGGCCGGCCCUCCUCGGCGGCCAGUUCCUGCCCUACUUCCUCCCCGGCUUCGCCUCCUACCUGGCCCCCCAGCUGCCCGGGGCCGGGCCGGGCGGGUACCUGCCCCCGGCCUGCGGCCUCGAGGGCCUCUUCCCGUACGGGCCCCCGCCGGCCCCGGACGGCGCUGAGGGUGACCCCCCGGCGACCCCGCCCGUCAAGUACGAGUUCAUCUGCAGGAAGUGCCGGAUGAUGUUCGCGGCCGAGGAGCCGGCCCUGACCCACCAGAAGUCCUUCUGCUACUUCGACCAGCCCCUCAUCGACCCGCGGGAGACCGUCCUCCGCGUGCCGGCCGGCGGCCCCCCGGGCGGCCCUUGCGACGCCGCCCCCGGGGCCCGGGACCACCCGCCCCCCCAGCUCCGGGCCGGCGCCCACAAAGAGAAAACAAUCAAACAAGCAAUGAGAAAUGCCAAAGAGCAUAUAAGAUUAUUACCUCACUCAGUCCGCUCUCCCAGCCCCCACGCCACAUCUACCUCACCCUCCGCAGCACCCCCCAACGGCCCCUACCCGCCCCCCUCUUCCUUCUCCAUCAAGUCCUGGCCAAAUCUCCUCUUCCCAGCAUCCACCAGGAAAGCUGCUCCCCCGCCCCCGCCCUCCCCGCCUUCAACGGUUACCUCAAGUUCGGGCAGCUCCUCGGGGAUGCCCCCCUCGCUCCCCACGGAGAGCUGCUCCGACGAGUCCGACAGCGAACUGAGCCAGAAGCUGGAAGACCUGGACCACUCUCUGGAAGUCAAGGCCAAGUCGGCCUCCGGCCUCGACGGGAAUUUCGGCAGCCUCCGGAUGGAUCUUUUCGGGGUGUAGGAGCGAAGACCGGAGCCCCGGCUUUAAAAACGAAACGAAAAAUAAAAAAACAAAAAAAGAGCAAACGAAACACACACACGCACGCACGCGCGCACACACGACACACACUAGACUAAAGAAAAAUGUCAAAAAAAAUUUAAAAACUCAAAAUCCAAAUGAAAUUUAAAAAAAAAAAAAAGACUUUUAACUGCAGUUUCCAAAGCUUCUCUAACCCAAAAAAAAAAAAAAAAAAAAUGACAGUACCAAAUGGUUGACUCAGGAUUGUCUUUCCCAUAAAAUGAUGCGCUGGCAAUACAAAAAAGGAUCAGGACUGGUGCAGAUGGUUGAAUGUGCUUGUAAUAUAUGCUAAACUAUGGACAAGGAAAAUAAAUCUCUCCCAAGCUUCUCGGAAGCUUGUCUCAAGCCAAAAACUCUCCGGAAAAAGCAAACGACACCUCCGCCGGUAGGCUUUCGAACGGCUAGCAUGUUGUGUGUGGGAGGGCAGUCCCCGUACGCUCGAAGAGAAUCUCUCUGCGUUUAGUUAGGUGUGAUUCAGUAGCUUUAAAUUCUCAGGUCAGAAACAUAACAUUUCUCAUUUGUGCAAAGCAGCAAAGGAGCCUGGAAAAACUGUGACUUCUUCCGAAGACAACGGCAACCUUCAUUAGGCAGCGUUUCCCAGGUGCGUUCGGUGUACAGAGAGACUUUCCGGCCCGGUCGGACAGCACGCGGGUCCCGUCCCCCGCCCCUCCCACCCCCGC